CGUCAUCACUGCUGUAAAUUUCUGAACUGUUUUUUUUUUUUUUCUUUUGAAAUCUCUCAUCUUUCUCAGCCACUCGACGAGCCAAAAAAAACGGUGCUAUUUUUUUUCUUCUCGUCUCCGCCUCUCUGUUUCCCUUUCCUUCAUGUCACGAAAUUAGGGUGGAUGAGGUUGCAAGCUUAGAUCAGUUCUUCUUUCGGGAUUCUUGUAUAUUGAUUCAUUUGAAGGAAAGGAGUUUGAUUUUUUUGGGGGGAGUUUAAAUGGGUUAUUUGAACUCGGCGCCGGCUGAUUCUAGCAUAUUCCAGAACUUUGAUUAUCCUGUCAGCGGCGGGGGACUCAGUCAUAAUGGAAAGUUUAGUUUCGGAUACGCAAGCUUUCGUGGAAAGAGGCCAUCAAUGGAGGAUUUCUAUGAGACCAGAAUUGACGGGGUUGACGGCGAGAUUGUUGGUCUAUUCGGGGUUUUUGAUGGUCAUGGUGGUGCUAGAGCAGCAGAAUAUGUGAAGCAGCACCUCUUUAGCAAUUUAAUCAAUCACCCAAAGUUUAACACUGAUAUCAAGUCAGCCAUAGCUGAAUCCUACAACCAUACUGAUUCUGAAUUCCUGAGAUCUGAAAAUAAUCAGAGCCGAGAUGCUGGAUCAACAGCUUCAACUGCAGUUCUUGUCGGUGAUCGUCUCCUAGUUGCCAAUGUUGGAGAUUCCAGGGCUGUCAUCUGUAGAGGGGGAAAUGCCAUUGCUGUUUCGAGAGAUCACAAGCCCGAUCAAACUGAUGAGAGACAGCGGAUUGAAGAUGCGGGCGGUUUUGUUAUUUGGGCUGGUACAUGGCGUGUUGGUGGUGUUCUAGCUGUCUCUCGUGCAUUUGGUGAUCGCCUCUUAAAGCAGUACGUUGUUGCAGAACCCGAAAUCCAGGAAGAGGUGGUUGAUGGGUCCUUAGAAUUUCUCAUCCUCGCUAGCGAUGGACUGUGGGAUGUAGUUUCCAACGAGGAGGCUGUGACUAUGGUCAAACCCAUUGAAGACCCAGAGCAGGCGGCUAAGACACUGCUGCAGGAAGCUUCUCAUAGGGGAAGCGCUGAUAACAUAACCUGUGUCAUUGUUCGAUUCCUUGGUUGCAGUAACAAAGAGAACACUGACAGUUCACAAGAGCCGUGAUUAUUAUUAUUAGCCUUAUAACUAUCGGCAAAUUAUUAGGUUCGAACACCGGACAAAGAGAAUCAAUCAGAUUUCUCUCUGUCUACAAUAAAAUCGCAGCUGCUACAAUAACUGUGCUUUUACUGUAAACAGAGAGAAAUCCGGAUGAUUCUCUCUGUCUGAUGUCCGAACCAAAUAAUUUCUCUAUAACUAUCUGCUUUGACUACCUGUAACUAAUACAGGGACUUGAAAGGACUGGAAUAAAGUUCAUUGCUAAAGCUUUUCUCUAGUGAAGCAAAGUGAUCACAGGAGGGCAUAUUCGAGAGCUCACUUUAGGCAUUGAAGAGUAAUUUUCUCUUGGAGAUGACUUCUUCCUGUUUGUUGCUUACUGAGGUCUGCGUGUGGGAAAAGCGUUAGUUUUCUUUUCUACUGUAAGAUUGUUACUGAGUUUGUUUCUGUGUAGAUUCUUGCCGGUUGAAGGUUUAUUAUGUUGAUAGUGCCCUUACACGAUACAUGGAACUGACUAUAUUAAAGGCCUUGCUAAUUAUUUUUUUCUUGUUAAUUUAUCAUUCCACACAAAUCCUAUUGCUGUA